UCGGGGAUAUACUCGUACGUAGUGGUCGGAAAGGCAAUCGUGGUAGAAACGGCAAGUCCAAAAGUGCAUGCUGCCGCGUUACAUGUUCCGUUACAGAGAUAAAAUUCGCAUACGUGACUUCAAACUGUGUCUUUCCCACUCUCUUUCUCUUCCCCUUUCUCUUUCUCCCUUUCUUUGUACGUACUUUAUUGGUUGAACGUUGGCUCUUUGUGAGAAGAGAAAAGAAGAAGUGUAAAGUGAUAAAAGAUUAAUCGUCAUUGCUGAAGCUCGCUGAACCGCUGGAUCGAUUAUGGGCACUACCGUCAGUACUUUAGGGGAUGGCAAAGGAUACGUCACAUUUACAAUCAACGGAGUGCUGUACGAGGUAUCCGGAAACAUACCGGUCAACACAUCCCUCAACGUCUACAUUCGCGAGUAUGCGAAACUGCGCGGCACAAAAGCGAUGUGUCACGAGGGUGGCUGCGGUGCCUGUAUCGUGGCCGCGGAAAUCAAGGGUCAGACAAUGUCCGUGAAUUCCUGUCUCAUACCAGUUCUGAUCUGCGACGGAUGGAACAUUUACACGAUUGAAGGCUUGGGAAGUAAGAAAGAAGGUUAUCACACAAUGCAAGCAACGCUCGCUGGGAAGAAUGGCACGCAGUGUGGGUUUUGUUCCCCCGGCAUGGUGAUGAAUCUUUACAGCCUCUUGAAAGACAAGAAACUGACUAUGCUGCAAGUUGAGAACUCGUUCGGCAGUAAUAUAUGUCGGUGCACCGGUUAUCGACCGAUUUUGGAAGCGUUUAAGGGAUUCGCCAGCGAUGCACCGGAGUCACUGAAGAAAGAUAUCCGCGAUAUCGAGGAUCUGUACCAAAUCAAGACUUGUCCGAAGGAUGGUUUGCCGUGCACCCGUAAAUGCGAUGAUAAAAAGCUCGAAGCCGAUAAAAUAGUGGACAUCAAGUUCGAAGAUGCGGAGUUUUUCAAAGUUUACACAAUAGAGGAACUGUUCGGGAUAUUUCAGGUUAAGUCGAACGCCACAUACAUGUUGCACGGCGGCAACACCGCUCACGGUGUUUACCGUGCGCCAAAGUACGAAAUCUAUAUAGACGUAAACGACAUACCAGACCUACGUCGCAUCGAGAAGAGCAACGACUACCUGACCCUAGGCGGCAACGUGUCGCUGACCGUAGCGAUGGAAACGUUCCAAAAGUACUCCAGCGAGGUCGGAUUCAAGUAUUUACGGCACUUGGCCCAUCAUAUCGAUCUGAUCGCCAGCGUGCCGGUGCGCAACAUAGGCUCGAUCGCCGGUAACCUGAUGAUCAAGCACGCGCACAACGAUUUCCCGUCCGAUCUGUUUCUCAUACUGGAGGCGGCCGGUGCCCAGAUACACAUCCUCGAAAGGCCCGGUUAUAAGCAGAGCAUGGUGCUGAUGGACUUCCUCCAUACCGACAUGAAGCACAAGAUCAUCUACAGCGUGGUGCUGCCGAGUCGGUCCGACGAUUACGAGUACAGUUCCUACAAGAUCAUGCCCAGGGCGCAGAACGCGCACGCUCUCGUGAACGCCGGUUUCCUCUUCAAGCUCGACGGUGGCGGCAAAGUCUUGGAGAAGCCCAACAUCAUUUUCGGCGGCAUCAACAAGCAAUUCCUGCACGCGAAAGCUACUGAGCAGCUACUGGUGGGCAAGUCGCUUUUCGACAAGCAUGUGCUGAAGACCGCUUUGGAGACCUUACACAAUGAGUUGAAACCGGAUCAUGUGCUGCCGGAUUAUUCGCCGGAAUUUCGCAAAACCCUAUCUCUAGGACUGUUCUACAAAUUCGUGCUGAGCAUCAAGCCGCAGAACGUAAACACCAAGUUCCGCAGCGGCGGCAGUCUCUUGGAUCGAGGUAUAUCCUCAGGCGUACAAGAAUACGACACCGACAAGACUACCUGGCCGGUGAGCAAGCCUACGACAAAGCUGGAGGCGAUCUACCAGACGUCGGGUGAGGCUCAAUACGCAAACGACCUGCCGCCGUUUCCUGGUGAGGUAUUUUGCGCCUUCGUUCUUACGAAUGUCGGCACCGGGAAGAUUGAGAAUAUAGACGCGAGCAAGGCGUUGAAGAUGAAUGGCGUGAUAGCGUUUUACACCGCCAAAGACGUGACCGGCAAGAACUUGUGCGUAGCGGCCGCCAGUCAAAUGUUCAUGAUGACACAGGACGAACUGUUGUUCGCCGAAAAGGAAAUAAUGUACGCGGGUCAGCCGGUCGGUGUGAUCGUUGCGCACACGCACGAUUUGGCGAACGAGGCUGCGAAAUUGGUGGAGGUAAAAUACGGCGAGACCUCAAAGAAGAAGCCCAUAAUAUCGAUCGAAGACGUUAUCAGCGCGAAGGACGAAAAGAGACUCUUGCAGACCGGCAGUAGGGAUGCGAAAGAAAAAGGGAAAAAUACUAAGCACGUGUUAAAAAGUACCUUCCAAUGCGGCGGUCAGUACCACUAUACCAUGGAAACCCAGUCCUGCGUUUGCAUUCCUCAAGAGGAUAGUAUGGAUGUUUAUGCGACAACACAGGCAUUAGACAUGACUCAAAUAUCUAUCGCACAAUGCCUCAAUGUCAACAAUAAUAGCAUCAACGUCAUAGUGAAGCGAAUCGGCGGUGGAUACGGAGCGAAGAUUUCGCGCAACCUGCAAGUCUCGUGUGCUUGCGCGCUGGUGUGUCAUAAGCUGAAUCGUCCGGCGCGAUUCGUGAUGUCGAUCGAGAGCAACAUGAAUUCGAUGGGCAAGAGAAUGGCCUCGCGUCAAGAGUAUGAGAUCGGCGUGGACGAUAAUGGAGUUAUACAGUAUCUCAAUUGCGCAACCUGGUCAAACACCGGCUACACCUUCAACGAGCCUCUCGGCUGGCUCGUGGUGCACCAUUUAGAAAACUGCUACACACCCGACUAUUGGACCUGCAAAGGAUUUGAGGCGCGAACCGAUCUGCCGUCGAACACGUAUUGUCGGGCGCCAGGAUCCAUGGAAGCAAUAGCUAUGAUCGAGCAUAUAAUGGAGCAUAUCGCGCGAGUAACGAAGAAGGAUCCGAUACAGGUCAGACUGUCAAAUAUGACAAGCGACGAAAAGGAGUUAUUAGAACCGAUGAUAAACGACCUUCGCAAAUCUGCCGAUUACGAGAUGAGGAAGCAAGCCGUCGAAAUGUUCAACAAUGAAAACCGCUGGAAAAAGAGGGGAAUCGCUUGGACGGUGAUGAAAUAUCCUCUCUUCUAUUAUGGACAAUUCAACGCUAUGGUGUCGAUUUGCGCACAUGACGGCACGGUCUGUGUCACACACGGUGGUAUCGAAUGCGGUCAAGGCAUAAAUACCAAGGUCGCUCAAGUGGUAGCUUACACGCUAGGAAUCGACCUAAGCCUGGUCAACGUCAAGCCCAGCAAUACCAUAAUAACACCUAACAACACAGUUACCGGAGGUAGUAUCACCAGUGAGAGUUCAGCGGUGGCCGCGAUAAAUUGCUGCAAACAGCUUCUGGAAAGACUCGAGCCGAUUAAAAAAGACAUGCAAAAUCCAAGCUGGCAAGAACUCGUUCUUGCAGCGCAUACGAAGGAUGUCGAUUUAUGCGCGCGCAAUAUGGUAGUACCCGCGAAAGAGUUGCAAAGCUAUGCAGUUCGUGGUGUUGCUAUCGCUGAAGUCGAGGUUGACCUGUUGACCGGGCAACACAUUGUCAAAAGGGUGGAUCUAACGGAGGACGCUGGUAUUAGCUUGAAUCCGGAGAUCGACGUCGGUCAAAUGGAGGGAGCUUUCAUGAUGGGAUUAGGAUACUGGACUUCUGAGGACUUGAUCUACGAUCCUAAAACAGGAGAAUUAACAACUAACAGAACUUGGAACUAUAAACCACCAGGAGCGAAGGACAUUCCCAUCGACUUCCGCAUAAAUUUCCGCAAGAAGCUUCCCAACAAGAUUGGCGUCCUUCGCUCAAAGGCUACCGGUGAGCCGCCACUUUGCCUGAGUGUUGCAAUACCGAUAGCAAUUCGCCAUGCAUUGAAUUCCGCUAGAGCGGACAGUGGAAAUACGGAUGAUUGGUAUAUAAUGGAUGGACCACUUACUACGGAGCGCAUACUUUUAAACAGUUUGACCAGCAAAGACAAUAUGGUGCUCUGAGUGAAACCGAUAUGCAUUCGCGAACAGUGCUUGAGACAGAUCUUUCUGAUACCGUUCUUAUGUCCAUAAUAAUUUAAUCGCUUAUCUCCGUAAUAAUUUAACCAGAUUAACCAGACUUUUUGUAGUCUGCACAGUUUUAUCUCUACGUCGUCGUCGAUGUGCAACGCGAUUCGUAACAGAAAACGCACACACACACAAUUUGUUUUAUGGUAAAUAAUUUCAAUAAAUAUUCUAUUAAACGCCAUUAAUGUGCUACAUAGUAAAUAUUACAACAACAUAUCUGCGGUGUAUAUUGUUAUUAAUAAUAAUAUAAUGUAAAGUAAUCGUAAAUAAUAAAUCGUGUAAAUAAUCAAUA